ACGUCUCUAAUUAGUUUUCUGAUCAGAAUUCUGCAAUGGAUUCGGACAGCACCGUAACUUCCUUGGAGGAGAACACGGAGAACUUUUGCACGAAUCCCACGCGCGACAUCCUCGCCGAGGGCAUCACCAAUCUCUUCAAGCCGACGAUCGAGCGGUUGGACGAGCGCGUGGCCUCCACCAUCCAGCUGCAGGCGGAGCUGCGUGGCCAACUGGACGCACUGGCCGCCCAGCUGAGGGACAUCGAAAAGGCGCAGAGUCAAAUACCCGAGUUCGCGGACAAGGUGAAGGAGCUGCUGAACGUCAAACACAAGGUGACGGUCAUAAGCAACGUGUUGGUGACCAGCCAGGAGCGGCUGACGGGUCUGCACAAGCUGAUAGAGAAGGAGCAGCGGCGGCGACAGGCGCUUCUCGAUUCCGCGCUCAGCACCAACAUAUCCUAAAUCCAAAUACUGUUC